CGACAUCCGCUUCACAAUUACGACUCCGACGGUUCACUUUACCCUCUUCGAAUUAAAUACUAGUUUCGAUCCAAGAUCGAAUGCCCAAAUUAAAAGGAUACGGAAGAAGAGCGAUCCAUCGCCAUGUCAAUUUUCGAGGAUACUGGGCCUUCGGUGUUCUUCGGACGAUUCACUCAUGGUUUUCACUCUUUUGGGGAAGUGGUAUCGGCGUCGAUGUCGACGGCGAGUUGUGCUGGGGAGGAGUCGGACGAGUGCCGGGACGAUGCGGCGGCUCUGCGGCUGAAGCUGGUGGCGAUCGCCGGAAUCCUGGCGGCGGGGGUGGCCGGCGUGGCGCUCCCCCUGGUGGGGCGGAAGCGGCGGCUGCUGCGGACCGACGGGGGCGUGUUCGUGUGCGCCAAGGCAUUCGCUGCCGGGGUCAUCCUCGCUACCGGGUUCGUGCACAUGCUCCACGACGCGCAGGCGGCGCUCACAGGCCCCUGCCUCCCUGCUUUCCCCUGGCGGCGCUUCCCCUUCCCGGGCUUCGUGGCGAUGGCCGCGGCGCUCGGGACGCUGGUGCUGGACUUCGUCGCCACGCAGUUCUACGAGCGGAAGCACCGGGAUGAGGUUGCUGGCAUCCGGACCGCCGCCGCCGCCGCAGCAGCAGCAACGGCGGCCAAUACGUCCGCAGAAGAAGAAGAAUCUGGAAUCACCGUCGUGCUCUCGAUUCCGCAGGAAUCCGAAUGCCAAUUCGCCGGCGAGAAAGAUCCGUUACUCAUAACCAGCCGCCACAGCCAUAGUCAUAGCCAUAGCCUCGGCCAUGGCCAGGAGGAGGGUGAAGAACUGCCAUCGCACGUACGGCAUGUGGUCGUAUCACAGAUACUCGAGAUGGGGAUCAUCUCGCACUCUAUGAUCAUCGGGCUUUCCCUGGGCGUGUCGCGGAGUCCCUGCACCAUAAGACCGCUGGUGGCGGCGCUCUCAUUUCACCAGUUCUUCGAAGGCUUCGCAUUGGGCGGUUGCAUCUCUCAGGCGCAGUUUAGUCACUUGGCUUCGGCGCUGAUGGCGUGCUUCUUUGCCAUCACGACGCCGGCGGGAAUCGCUGCGGGAGCGGGCGUGGCGUCGUCAUUCAACUCGAACAGCCCUCGAGCGCUGGUGGUGGAGGGGUUGCUGGACUCGGUGUCGGCGGGGAUUUUGAUAUACAUGGCCUUGGUGGAUCUCAUCGCCGCGGAUUUACUCAGCCGGCGAUGGAAUGGCAAUGUCAGGCUUCAGGUGGCGUCCUACGUCGCCCUCUUCAUCGGCGCCGGAGCCAUGUCGAUCCUUGCAAUAUGGGCCUGACAGACACAUAUGAAUCCGUGUCUUAGGACUACAUAUAUAACUCACUGAUAUUUGUUUGUUUUCCCCUGCACUUUCUGGCAUGCAAGGCCUAAGUACAGCUCUAUGUUCAUUCUGUUGAUACUUCCAGAUAUGAAUAUUGUCCCCUUUUCCGCUUCUUCUUCA